UAAUAUUCAAAUCAUUAUGUACAAAACCCUGAAAAAUUGCCGUCUAUCGUACAACGUGGCUCUCUUGCCCCCACUUUGCAGCGGUGGUACGCAAGUACGCCACGGCGCGAAGAUGGCAUCCGAGACUGACGCCGUACUGCGCUUUUUUUGCCUCACCAAAGAAAAGAUCGUCGAGGGUGAGACAGAGAUAAAAUCUUCAUUUAGUAGUGGAAGGAUGAAUCGAACUAACGAAGUCGAGGACCACGUGUGGAAUCACAGAGAAAGAACCGCGGACCUGCUACCGCAACAUAUACUAUCGUUCUUUAGCGACAAUAUAGCGACUUACCUUCGGUGCUUGAUAGAAACGCACGAUAAAUCCUCCUCUCGUUGGACUUUGCCGACACGUCAGGAACAAUGGGCCCGCGGGAAGUACUGUUUUCCUGGGAAAACUCGAACCGAUACUCAGCCGGAUGACUGUGGCGACCAU